AUGGCCAAAAACCAAUCUUUCAUAGCUCGAAACCUCUUCCAUGAGUGUGAUGGGAAGAACAAGAAGAACUCACUAAUCCAGGUCGAGUAUGGGGUGUCACCUAGAUCUUCUAGUGGCGGUGCUAGAGGUGUUGGCGAUGGUGGUGGAGAAUUUGAUUCCGGCUUUAGGUGGGAGAUGGGUUCUAAUUGCAUUGUAAAUGCUGCAAGUGAAAGAGACAUUUCCGUUUUUGCUUCAGGAAUGAUCCAGGCAGAAGUCAAAGGAAAACGUUUCUUAUGUCGUACUGCUGCAAGCUUUGUAUCAGCUCGAAUUGGAAUAGAGGCAAAACCUCCUAUCCGUCCAAGUGAUGUUGGCAUAACCAAAGUCAAUACGGGAGGCCUCAUAAUAGUGGGCUCAUAUGUUCCUAAAACCACAAAACAGGUUGAAGCACUUGUAUCAAAAUUUGCUGACAAACUAAAAUGUGUUGAGGUCUCAGUUGAAAAUGUUUCCAUGAAAUCAUUUCAAGAACGGGAUGAAGAGAUCAAUCGUGUAGCUGAAAUUGCGAGUGUUUCUUUGAAAGCAGGGAAGGAUACUCUUCUGGUGACCAGCAGGCAACUUGUUACUGGAAAAUCUCCUGAAGAAAGCCUAGAUAUCAAUUCAAAAGUCAGUUCUUCUCUGGUUGCUAUUGUGCAACGGGUUAUUACACGCCCCCGUUAUAUCCUUGCCAAGGGUGGAAUUACUUCUUCAGAUAUUGCUACAAAAGCUUUAGAAGCAAAGCGUGCUAUGGUAAUUGGACAAGCAUUACCAGGUAUUCCCUUAUGGCAGCUAGGUCCAGAAAGCCGUCAUCCAGGGGUCCCAUAUAUUGUUUUCCCAGGUAAUGUGGGUGAUAACAAUGCUCUUACUGAUGUUGUAACGAAUUGGAUUCGCCCUCCUUGGUCAACAAAAGACAUUCUUCGUGAUGCUGAGAAGGGUGGAUAUGCUGUUGGAGCAUUCAAUGUAUAUAAUCUUGAAGGAAUUGAAGCAGUUGUUUCUGCAGCUGAGGCUGAAAAUAGUCCUGCAAUUUUGCAGGUUCACCCAGGUGCUCUGAAAUAUGGUGGUGCUCCUUUAGUUUCAUGUUGCAUUUGUGCUGCUGAAAUGUCCAGUGUAAGUGCUUGUUAUCUAGAGUUUGCACUCUUGUAG